AGUGAUGUAAGGGAUGUGUACGCAGCGUUAUCAUUUAUUCAACUAUUCAACUUGCUAAUCUGUUUAUCAUGCGAAGACGCAGAAUUGAAGCAAAAAAUGAUGGUAAUUGACUAAGUUUGAUUAUUUUCAUCACCUUCUAGUCGGAUAGCAACUGCUCGUAAUAUUUAUUUGGCCCUAAGUAAUUGAAGUAUUUCAACAUGGGUGAAGAUAGCGACAUGCAUGACGAGGACUUGGAAUGUUUACCUGAUAUAUUUGGAAACAUAAAUGGUUCUGAAGAGAAUGCAGUUUUCGACGUUUCACCGAAGGAUAUUGUUUGGGCCGAAUUCAGAAAUUUGUACUGGCCUGCUCUUGUAAGGCAGGUUUUUAAGAAAGACAAAAAGGUAUCAAUUUGGUACCUUGAUUCGCCAAGAAAAUGCUUCAAGUUACCUAUGAAACGAAUUAGAAAUUUUAAGUGCCCCGACAUUAGUGCCAAAAUAAGAAAAGAAGCAGAAUGCAGCAACGUGAAGCAGAAGCAUGAGAGCACCGUCUUUAGGACUUUGGAUUACAUGAGACGAAAAGCAAAUGGUGAGCAAAUUGAUCCUGCAAAAUUUUUCGACAUUAAUUGCCCCUAUCUCGUACUUCAUCACUAUCCUUUAGUCAAUGAGGUGAGUGACUUGUCCAGUUCUGUGGAGGAGCAGGGGGACACAUUUGAUGAAAACGAACCAGAGGAGGACCUGGAGGACUUUUUUCUUAAAAAAUCAGAAGACAGUGAUAAUUUCAAUGAAUCACCAAAUGAAGAAACUGCGGCAAUUGUUUCUUGUGUCUUGUCAGGAAAGAUCGACAAGCACUUACUGAGAGUGCGAUCUAAAAAAGUCAGCAGUCGGUGGCAAAAAGUGUACGAUGAAACAGUCGAUACCAAAGCACUGAUGUUUACUGUGAGUUAUGCUCCCGUACAAAGCUUCACAGCUUUGAAAGACAUGUCAACCCACUUGAUGAAACUAUUUGAAAGGGACGUAGGCGGCUAUAAGGAUGAAAUGGUCACUUAUGUCACCUCCGUAUGGCUGCCAGAAGCAAUAGAAAGAGCGCAGUCAUUAUUAAGUGAUGAUUCUGUUGAAAAUGAUGAAAAAAUUGAUUCAACACCCCCUGAUAAAAUUCCCAAUGCAUCAAAAUCAACCAAAAAACCUAGCAAGAGUAGACCGUAUAAAGAUAGAAAAUACCUUCAACCUAAGCAAGCUAAACGCAAACUUAAAUUUGAAAAAAAUCGUGUUUUCGAAGGCAAUGACACGAAGGAGGGAGAUCAGUCAUUUAGUGGUUAUAAUACGUCCGAAAUUUUAGAUGCUCAUGAUGAACAAAGUAUUAAAAUUAAAAUUUCUAAGAAAAAGAAGGGUGUGGUAGAAACGAAUCCUUCUGCUCCAAGUGUCGAUGAAGGGAAGGAUAGUCGAAGCCGACGAAAUCGGGCAAGAGUUUGUUAUAAAGAGUAAAUACGGUUAAGAAAUAUUGCUAAUAGUGAGACUUAUUGAGUGAUUGAGAGAGAAUUUAAAUCUUGUUAAGUUGUUUGUGAAAUUGUUCAUGUGUUAAAAGUGUUUUAAAACUAAAAUUAUGAAGAAUUAAUUUUUUUUAUGAAGAAACAUGUUUUCAAAGAACAAUUCUGAGAAGUAUUUUUGAUGAAUAACUUUUACUAUUGGCUUCAAUAUAAUGUAAGUUAUUAUGGCAUUCCAAACUAUGACUAAUAGCUUCGAGCUUUUUAAAUAGUUUUAAUGUUGUUGGUGCUCAAUUUGUCUGCCUCAUGAUCACAGUCAUAUUUCAUGUUAGCUCGAGCUGUAUAUUAGCAGUAGUGAUGAUGACAAGAAUGUGAUACAAUUGUUUUAAAAAAAGGACAUGUCUAUUUUUUUAAAAACUUAUGAGCACGAAAUGACUUUACAAAAUUCAUUUCUACUGUUGGAUGCUAAGAAGAGCCCUCUUGCUUUGCUUGCCCAGACAUGCAGUAAUAUUGGUGCUGAUAAUCCAAAUCACAAGCCAAUUAUUUCUGGACUUGAAAAAUCAAAAGAUAAUGAUUCAAAAAAGGACAAAUCUCCUGUUGUUAUCAGUGAUGAACUCAGUAAUAGCAAACCUUCUUUUAAGCCAUAUGAAUCUGUGAUAAAGAAAGAGGAUAUUUCUUCUGAAAUUAAUGGCAAAAAAACACCAAAUUCUAAAAGAAAUUCACCAUCUGUUGUUAAUCAAAACUCUCCUGCAAUCAGCACUGGUUCCUGUGGUAAAAGCUCUCCAACAACAUCUGACAAUGGAAGGAAUAGUGCACAUAACGUAAACAAAUCUGAUAUUGGUGUGUCUAGAUCUCUCACAUCACCUUGCACAUCUAGUGUAACAUCUACCACUCUGUGCUCCAGUCAAAACACGCUUAGUGGACUUGGUUAUGGAUCUUCAUCUGGUCUAAGUUUAGAUUUAGCAAGAAGUGAUCCCAUCAAAGAAGGUUUGUCUCACUUAGGCCUAAAUGCUUAUAAAGCUUUAAAUGGCUUAAAUCCAUUAUCUAAUUGCACUGGAUGUCCAAUGCCUGGGCAUCCAAUGGAUGCUUACCAAAGCAGUGCUCAAAGUAAUUUACUCAAAGCUGGUACUUAUCCUUUAGGAGCAUCAGCAUUAUCUCCAUAUGUUGGUUAUGCUCGAGUUAAAACUGCAACUGGUGGUACUACUUUAGUGCCUGUUUGUAGAGAUGCCAACUGCACAAACUGUCAAUUCAGUAUGUAUAGUGCUCAACGAGGCCCUUGCCCAAGUGGUUGUACUCAGUGUACUCAUGAUCGAUUAGGUACCUCACUAUCUGGUUUAAGUCACGGACUUGUUCCUGGUUUGACUGGUUCUGCUGCGGCUAUGGCUGCUGUUGCUGCAGCUGGUGGUAUGCCUGGUUUAUCAUAUCCUCAUUCUAUGAUGGCAAGACCUAAUGUCUGCAGUUGGGUUGUUGGAGACAAUCUGUGUGGUAAAAUAUUUAAUUCAGCUGAAGAACUGCUACAGCAUGCUAAGACUCAUACUAGCCUAUCAGACUCUGUUUUGCCACUCAUAUCACCAGCAUUCUCUUCGGCAAGUCUCAGUGCGGCGUGUCAUAUGCACUACAGUUCUGCAGCAUCUUUGACAUCUCCAGCUGGACUCAGACGGACAUAUCCUACUAGCUUGAGUCCUGUUAGCUCCUUGUCUGCAGCUAGCCGGUACCAUCCUUAUAAACCACCUUUUUCAGGACUUCCUGGUGCUCCUUUACCACCACUUGGACAUCCGAGUUUAGGCAUGUAUUAUCCAUAUGGUUUGUAUGGACAAAGGUUAGGUCCUCCUGUGCAUCCAUAAUCCUUAUGUUAUGUGUUCGUCUCUGCAGGUUUUGUGACAUACUGUUGAAAUAUGUUGUUUUUCGUUGACUGUUAGAAGUGUAAAAUUCCUAUGAACAAACAAAAGUAAAAGCAUUAAUUCCGUAUGCGUGAAAAUAUUUAAAUUAUGUAAAAUAGCAAAUUUUAUUUCAUUUUGUUGCUAAUAUAUUCAAAAUUUCACUGUAAUACGAUAAUAGUAUUUGUUUCCUUAAUUUUAAUUCUCUGUUAAUGUACUGUUGUAUGAACUUCAUCAAAUUCAGUUUUACAUUUAGUUGCACCUAAAAAUGAAACAACUUUUUUCCCUUUCACUCAGUUAUACUGAUAUAGAUAUUUUGUUAAUUUACUUCAUUUUUUCCUUUAAGGGAGUAAGGUAUGUUCCAAUAAUACUUAAUGUGUAAGCACACAUGCACAUCAGGCUGUAUUCAACAAAUUUUAUGAAUGAUUAGUGCAUGUUUUAUUUAAAUAUAUACAGAGGCCUGAUUUUAAAACCUUGUUAUACAUUUCAUUCUUCAUUGUAUAAAAUCACAUUUAUUCAGCAGCAACAAAACUCAUUCUUGAAAUGAGAAUUUUAUUGUGUGUGAUCUCUGAUCAUUAUUUUAACACUGUUAUUUAAUAUAAUGUUUGCUGCUGUUUACUGCACAGGAAUUUAAGUGAUUAACUUAUUCUCUGAAACUUAAUUUUGUUUAAAAAAUAAUAUGCAGUGAAAAUUCUCUAUCUGGAUGCUAUUAGUUGAAUCUUCUGAUGCCCAGAUCUAUUGCGAGAUGGUUUGAAACAAAAUUUCUUAACGUUUUGUUAGGCAUGUGAAUAGUUCAUUUCAGAAGCCCAUUAGUUCUUUUUACUAUUUUUUAGCGUUUUGGAAUUUUUUAGCAGAUGAAGUUGUCAACAAUUAAAACUGUACAUCUGCUGAUGGAUUUCUGAAAUGAACAGUUUAUCCUCAGUGAAUACAUAUUUGGUAAAUUGUGUUUUAAAGUAAAAUUUUUAAAAUUUUAUCUUGUCACAUUUAGCUGUAGUGGCUAAAUAUUGUUUCAUUUAACAAAAUAUAUCACACACCAAGAACAACACUGCCACAUCUGCAAAAACUACUUUUCCAGAAAAAUCAAUUUGAAUGUAAUCCGCCUUAGCUUAAAUUCUUAUAGUAACACACUGACGCAUCUCAAAAAAAAAAAAAAAAAAUUGAAAGUUAACUUGAAGUCUGAAAUUUUGAAUUCAAAUUAUGUUUUUUCGCAAUCGCGAGUUUUGGCAGGAUCCUGCUCAUUGGGGGCUAUUGUUUCUAGAAACGUCUCCUGUUCCCCCAAGCCUGCCCCUCCUCCUGGGCGGUUACGUGUGCAUAGUUGUGUGUGUGGAUGUGCAUGCAUGUGUAGGCUUGUGUGUGUGCAUAGACCUGUAUGUAUGCACAUAGGCGUGUGUGUAUGUGUGUAAAAGCUUGUGUAUGAGCGUGUGUGUAGGACAUGGAUGCCAUCGACCAGGAGAAACUGAUUCCAGGAGGCAGUUCUCGGAGCAGCGCGUGCAGAGGAUGGUGGGCGGUGGUGCCGUAGAGCCCCUGGUCUAAGCUGAAAAAGGCACGGACAUCAAAAACUGUCAAAUGAUAACAAUAAGCAAUUGUGAUUGCUCAAAAAAAAAAGUUUAAUUUAUUUUUCAUUUGUUGCUGUCUUGCAUUUUAAUAGAACUAAUAAAAAUGCACCAGGAUAUGUAUCUAACUCAAAAUUGACAAUUUUUGAUUUGUGAUGGUCAGUCUUGCAUAAUAUAGACGAACGCAGUAACGGCGUUCGCAGAAAAGUUUUGG